AUGGCCUCCGGUGACGACCUCUUUUUGGAUGUCCCUGGGACUGUCUAUCUAGUUGACGCAUCACGUACACUCAAUGAUGCCGCACAUGCUGGAAACCAAGACAUCCUACUUAUACCGCAACCAUCUGCAUCUCUUGCAGAUCCACUUAACUGGCCUCAUUUCAAAAAGCUUUGGUCCCUGUUCCUGAUAUCGGCCUAUGCCUGUGUCUUCUCCUUCGGCGAGAAUAACUGGGGUGCGUCAUGGACGCUUAUCUCAGAAGAUACUGGCGUGAGCUUGACCAAUAUGAAUGGUGGAAGCGCCCUGAACUAUCUCCUCUUGGGAUUUUUCAACAUCAUCUGGAUUCCAACAGCAAUGAAGCUGGGACGCAAGAUUGUUUACAUUCUGAGUCUGGUUAUCCUUCUGGGUGGUAGUGUAUGGGGUGGAUUCUACCAUGGGACUGCUCAAUACUACAUCAUGCUGGCGAUUCAGGGUAUUGGCACAGCGGCUUAUCAGGCUUUGAUUCAAUUGACGAUCUUCGAUAUGUUCUUUACCCAUGAGCGUGGCCGGAUGGUUGCAAUCUACAUCUUCUUCCAACAGCUGGGCUCCAUCUUGGGAUUGAUUUUGGGAGGGUACAUCAGCGAUGGAAUUGGCUGGCGUUGGUCAUCGCCAAUUGUAGCGAUUGCAUGUGGUGUUCUGAUUUUACUGUUCAUCUUCACAUUCGACGACACCAUGUUCCCUCGGUAUCGCUUCAACCAAACAUCGAACAGUAACUCCUUCCACUCGGGUGAUCAUUCCGAACAAAAGGAGCAUCUCGCCAAGGAAAAUCAGAAUGAGCCUCCGAUUUCCGAAAUCGACAGUCACGGUAUUGGAGAGGACAUAACUCCACGUUCCUAUCGACAAAAGAUUGCGUUGGUCCAUCACUUCGCUGAUGACAAGACAACCUGGUUUCAAUACUUCCGUCGUCCAUUCUACCUUUUCUCUUUUCCCAAUAUAGUGCUCGCUGGCAUUCAAUUUGCAUUUGGUUGUACCGCGGGCAUUGUUUCCUUCAACACUAUCUCGGAAAUCAUGACAGAUGCGCCGUAUAACUGGAGUGCAGGGUCUACUGGAUUAAUUUUCUUGGCUGCUCUUGUUGGCAAUUUCUUAGGAAUGGGCGUCGGGUCCCUUUCAGAUUGGCUCGUUCUUGUCCUAGCCCGCCGGAAUAAAGGUUACAAGGAGCCUGAAAUGCGCAUUUGGGCAUACAUUUUCCCAUUUUGCUUUGCAGCGGUGGGAUAUAUGACAUAUGGCUGGGCUGCUACUAACGGUGAUCAUUGGAUGGCUAUUGCUGUUGGCUUGUGUUGUCUCAUUGCUCAACAAGUCUCGAUUACCAGUCUUGCGACAGCAUAUGCCAUGGAAUGCUUUGAUGGGAUAUCUGGUGAACUUGUCGUUGUACUCGCCAUCUGCUCGUCUUUGAUCAACUUCGCCAUCUCAUACUCCGUGCAGCCUUUCAUCAACAGCACAUCUUAUGGAUGGACAUUUACAUGCUAUGGAAUUCUAGUAGUUUUGUCUGUCUUGCUAGGUAUUCCCAUGAUUAUUUGGGGGAAGACAUGGCGCCGAAAGUGCAAAGCACGAUAUGAGCUCUUCCUGGCUGAGACUCGGGCCAACUCCCACUGA